CGACUGUAUGACGAAGUCGUCACCGCGUGACGUCAUAUCAACAUGGCGGCCUACAUUGUGAGACGCUGUUGUUUUCUGAGCGUUAAUCUUCGACCUAGUUCAAUAAUUCCACAGUCUUUAAAACGUGGCAGUGUUCGAAUAAAUCAAACGAACAUCAUUCAACAAUCAAACGCUGGCUAUGGAACCCGGGGGAAGGACAACGAACUGCUGGAUAACCAAGUGUACAUUCCACUGGACCGCCUGACCGUGUCUUACAGCAGGAGUAGUGGCCCUGGUGGUCAGCAUGUCAAUAAAGUCAACACAAAAGCAGAGAUCAGAUUCAACGUAUUAGCAGCGGACUGGAUCCCUGAAGACGUACGACUGAAAAUUCUGGAAAAGAACAUAAACCGUAUCAACAAAGCUGGGGAAUUGCUUGUCACCUCAGAACUGAGCAGGAGCCAGCAGAGAAACGUCAGUGAUUGUGUAGAGAAGAUCUCUACUAUUAUUGCUGAGGCUAGUAAAAAGCCGCGUGAACCCACACCAGAAGAUCUCGCCCUCAGAGCAUCAAGGUUGGAUAAAAGAAACAAGGAGCGAAUCAGACAGAAGAAGAUCAAUUCAGCUACCAAGCAGAGCAGGCAACUGUAGUUCCAUGAAUGUUUUAACAUCAAUAAUUUAUGUUUUUUCUUUGUAAUAAAUUUUUUUUUCUAACA